AUGCCUCAAGCUCAGCCAGAAUUAAAGAAGUAUAUGGAAAAGCGGUUGUUCGUUCAAAUCAACGGCAACCGCAAAGUCAUCGGAAUCCUUCGAGGAUACGACGUGUUCAUGAACAUAGUCCUGGACGAGGCCGUCGAAGAGAAGAGUGGAGGCGAGAAAGUGCGCUUGGGCAUGGUGGUCAUUCGUGGAAACUCCGUCGUCAUGCUUGAGGCACUCGAACGGAUUGGAGAUCGAUGA